GAAAUUUAUGUUCCAACGAUCUAUCGAUCGAACUCCUGCGUCACAGACUCACAGGCGGGAAAUCAAAGAGCUCUAGCGCGCGCGCUCUCUCUCUCUCGCUCACUGAGAUUAGCAUCUCUUUCUCUCUCUAGAAUGGGGACCAGGAUCGGGGGAGAAACCUUGAAAAUGGAGGAAUCAAUGGUGGCGGUGAGUGAAGUGGAACAAGACGACGAGUACGAUUCGAAAGAGAUGGUUCUACAGAGAUACUUCCUUCAAGAAUGGAAACUCGUCAAGUCUCUCCUCGACGACAUCGUUUCACAUGGCCGUGUCUCCGAUCUCUCCUCUGUUCACAAGAUACGAUCCAUUAUGGACAAGUAUCAGGAACAAGGUCAAUUAUUAGAGCCUUAUCUUGAGAGUAUAGUUUCUCCUCUGAUGUUUAUUGUGUGCCGUCAAACAGCUGAACUAGGGGUGGCCUCCAACAAAAUUCUUGAUGUGAUCAAGCCAUUAUGUAUUAUUAUUUAUUCUUUGGUAACAGUUUGUGGAUACAAGGCUGUCAUAAAGUUCUUCCCACAUCAGGUUUCCGAUUUAGAACUUGCUGUAUCUCUCCUAGAGGUGUGUCAUGACACAAAUGCAGUGACAUCAUUGAGGCAAGAAAGUACGGGAGAGAUGGAGACAAAAUGUGUGAUAUUACUUUGGCUUUCAAUACUUGUGUUGAUUCCUUUUGAUAUAGCCUCUGUGGAUACAAGUAUUGCCGAUAGUAGCUAUGUUGGUGGAGAUGAGCCGCCCCCAUUGGUGUUGAGGAUCUUAAGAUUCUCUAAAGAAUACCUCUCAAAUGCAGGUCCUAUGCGCACCAUUGCUGCAUUGCUGCUCUCAAAGCUUCUAACACGUCCAGAUAUGUUGAAGGCUUAUAGCAGCUUUAUUGGAUGGACGCUUGAAGUUCUAACUUCUAUCGCAGCUGAUGUUACUGAUCACUUUCGAUUAUUAGGUGCAGUGGAAGCACUGGCUGCCAUUUUUAAGACAGGCAGCCCAAAAGUGUUACUCGAUGUGGUUCCUGUCGUUUGGAAUGACACAUCAGUAUUGAUCAAGUCUAAUACGGCAUCUAGGAGCCCUUUACUUCGCAAGUAUCUGGUGAAGCUAACUCAGCGGAUUGUGCUUACUUGCCUACCUCAUCGUUCACCAUCCUGGUGCUAUGUGGGUAGAAACAACAAACUUGGAGAGAAUAUUUCACCUAAUGUGUCCAGAAAGAUUGAUCAAGGCAAUCAUGCAUUGACUGUGCAUUCCUCCAAAUCAGAUCAUGAUGCAAGCUGCAUGCAAGAGGAAGAGAUGGAAGUCCCAGAUAUAGUAGAAGAGAUUAUUGAGGUGCUGCUCUCAGGAUUGAGAGAUACGGACACUGUUGUGCGUUGGUCUGCUGCAAAAGGUAUUGGCCGCUUAACUUCACGGCUAACUUAUACCCUCUGCGAUGAAGUCCUCUCAUCUUUAUUAGAGCUGUUCUCACCUGGUGAGGGAGAUGGUUCAUGGCACGGAGGCUGCUUAGCAUUGGCUGAACUGGCACGUAGAGGAUUGCUCUUACCCAUUAGUCUUCCCAAAGUUGUACCAGUUGUAAUAAAGGCGCUACAUUAUGAUAUUCGAAGAGGUCCACAUAGUGUUGGAUCUCAUGUACGUGAUGCUGCUGCUUAUGUUUGUUGGGCAUUUGGUCGUGCAUAUAAUCACACAGAUAUGAAAAGCAUACUGGGACAACUUGCUCCAGACCUUUUGACGGUGGCUUGUUAUGACCGUGAGGUAAACUGCAGAAGGGCAGCUGCUGCUGCUUUUCAGGAGAAUGUUGGAAGACAAGGGAAUUAUCCCCAUGGCAUUGACAUUGUAAAUACUGCAGAUUAUUUUGCACUCUCCUCUCGCGUAAACUCUUAUCUUCAUGUUGCUGUCUCCAUUGCUCAAUACGAAGGUUACCUUUAUCCAUUUGUGGAUGAACUGCUAUACAACAAAAUCUGUCACUGGGACAAAGUCUUGAGAGAACUUGCUGCAAAUGCCCUUUUCACUCUUGUAAAAUACAACCCCGAAUAUUUUGCAAAUUAUGUACUGGAGAAAGUAGUUCCAUGCACACUCUCAUCUGAUCUGUGCAUGCGUCAUGGUGCAACCUUAGCAGUCGGGGAAGUUACAUUGGCUCUACAUCAGUGUGACUAUGCUCUUUCCUCAGACAGGCAGAGACAGGUUGCUGGUAUAGUUCCUGCCAUUGAGAAAGCACGGUUAUACCGGGGAAAAGGUGGAGAGAUAAUGCGUGCUGCUGCUUCCCGCUUCAUUGAGUGUAUCUCUCUAGCUCGUGUACAAAUGCCAGAAAAAAUAAAACGAAGUUUGCUUGUCACCCUUACUGAAAAUUUGAAACAUCCUAAUUCUCAUAUACAGAAUGCUGCUGUUGAAGCCUUGAAACACUUUCAAGCAUACCUUUUAACCACAGAUAAUAAUGAUACUAAUGAUAUCGUGAAGAAAUUUGUGGAACAGUUGACUGAUUCUAAUGUGGCUGCUAGAAGGGGAUCCGCAUUGGCACUAGGUGUUUUGCCUUUUGAGUUUCUGGCUAAAGAAUGGAAGCUUGUGUUGUCAAAGCUUUGUAGUUCAUGUGCAAUUGAGGAUAAGCCAGAGGACAGGGAUGCUGAAGCACGGGUGAAUGCUGUCAAAGGACUCAUAUCCGUUUGUGAAACCUUGACUGAGACAAGAGAAUUUCUUUGUGGGGAGAAUGGCAUGUCCCUUUUUCUUUUCAUUAAGAAUGAAGUGAUGCAGAGUUUAUAUAAAGCUCUGGAUGAUUACUCCGUAGAUAACAGAGGUGAUGUUGGUUCUUGGGUUCGUGAGGCUGCUAUGGAUGGCCUUGAAAGAUGUACCUAUAUCCUUUGUAGGAGAGAUUCCAUGGGUGUUCCAAGUAAAGUAGCAGUUGAAUCUGUUUCAGAGCCUUGUAAGAAUGGCAUGGUUGAGAAUAUCGAGAUGCAAUCCUUUUUUGAUUCAAACCUGGCAACUUCUUUAGUUGGAGGUAUUGUUAAGCAAGCUGUAGAGAAGAUGGAUAAACUAAGAGAAUUUGCAGCAAAUGUUCUUCAAAGGAUACUACAUAGCAAAACAAUUUUUGUCCCAUUCAUUCCUCAUAGGGAGGAAUUAGAAAAAUUUGUUCCAAAUGACGCAGAUUUAAAGUGGGGGGUUCCCAAUGUCUCCUAUCCUCGUUUUGUUCAGUUACUUCAGCAUAGUUGUUUCAGUAAAUCUGUGAUGUCUGGCUUAGUUAUUUCUAUUGGUGGGUUACAAGAUUCUCUAAGAAAGGCCUCACUCAGUGCUUUGUUGGAGUAUCUUCAAGCCGUGGCAACUGAAGGCCGAGAGGAAAGGAAUUCCAGAGAAUUGAAUCUGGGUACAGACAUCCUUUGGGUUCUGCAAAAGUACAAAAGAUGUGACAGAGUGAUUACACCCACUUUGAAGACUAUCGAGAUUCUUUUCAGCACAAAGAUACUCUUAAACAUGGAGGCCCAGACUCCAAUCUUCUGUAGUGGUGUUUUGGAUUCUCUCGUUAUUGAGUUGAAGGGAUCAAAGGACUUCUCUAAGUUGUACUCAGGCAUUGCAAUCCUUGGAUACAUUUCUUCAAUUUCAGAUCCUAUCAACAUCCAGGCCUUCUCUCAUCUUGUCACUUUUCUUGGCCAUCGAUACCCCAAGAUUCGGAAGACUUCUGCAGAACAAGUCUACCUUGUACUCCUGGAAAAUGAACAUCUUGUGGCAGAGGAUAAAUUAGAGAAAGCACUUGAAAUUAUUUCUGAAACUUGCUGGGAAGGUGAUGUAGAAGAAGCAAAGCACCAUAGGUUACAAUUGUGCGAUCUAGCUGACCUAGAAACUAGGCAACCUCAAAAAACUAGCUAUGGAGUAUCAAACGAUAAUGGUGAACAGAGGCGCAAAACUGCAGAUGAAAAUGCAUCAUAUGCUUCACUAGUAGGGUCAGCUGGGUUCUGAUUGUCUGAAUCGAAUGUCUCCACCUUUUUGUUGUACAUUUAGAGUACACUUUCUCACCAACAAACCUCGAGCAUUGGUUAUAAUCCAACUGCCGGAGUGUAAAAAAAAAACUUGUGUUUGAUUGGUUGGGGUAAAAUUGUUUGUAUCUUUUUUUUUUAUUCUGGAUAUUUACUUGGUAGAUAUGUUACACUUUAUGUCCUGUGUUAUGUGAUUUACCUACUUUGCAGAGUCCGAGUUUUUAUACUUUUUAUUUAUUUUGUUGGCUUUCUUAAACCUAAAUCUGUCAAAAACGAGUUUUUUCUAGUGGUAUGCAGGCUUUAACAUUUGAUCCGACACAAAGAACUAGCCGUCUGAGCUUUGAGCCCAGUGGAACGGCCUGCUAUAUACAUACGGAAUCGCCGUCAAAACUAGCCGGAGAGCGGCACAGGCAAGUGAACUUACUCUGGAUGGUUAAGCAUAACAUUACUGAAAAAGCAACUUGACUUGCCCUUGAUGUAUUAUUAAAAGUGUUAAAUGUUGUCUUCUUGUUAGCUUCCAUUAUUCA